GGGCGUUAGCGUUUUGUAUAAGCAGAACCGAGAACGAGAUAAUAAAUAAAAUUAAAAACUUUCUUUUUAUAUUCUCGUAUAGUAAUAGCUUUAAUAUUGGCAUUAGUAAAAAUAAACUUGGACAGUUUCCUGCUAUCGUUUAAAAACAAUAAAAAUAUGCCCGCAUAUCAUUCCACUUUAACGGACUCCACUCAGUCUGUCGGGAAUUUAGCUCUCCUGCCGAUUCGCACAACUUUUCGCGGACCGGCUCCAAUUAAUCCAAAGAUUGAAUUAGAUAUUAUUGAUGAGGCGUUAAAUUAUUUUAAAGCCAAUGUUUUCUUUCGUUUUUAUGAGAUAAAGUCUGAUUCUGAUAGAGUACUCAUUUACCUUACAUUGUAUAUAUCGGAAUGUCUAAAGAAGCUCCAGAAAUGUGCAAAUAAGAACCAGGGACAGCAAGAAAUGUACAUGCUUGCAAUAUCUAAGUUUGAUAUUCCUGGAGAACUUGGAUUCCCAUUAAAUUCUGUUUAUGCCAAACCUUCUAGUCCUCAAGAAGCUGAUUUAAUGAGGCAAUAUCUUCAGCAGUUGAGGCAUGAAACUGGAGGUAGAGUUUGUGAGAAAGUUUUUGCUACUGAAGAUGGAAAACCAAGCAAGUGGUGGCUAUGUUUUGCUAAAAGGAAAUUCAUGGAUAAAUCUUUAUCUGGGCCAGGCCAAUGAAAAACUUAUUUUCUUUAAAAACAUUUAUUUUAUGUAUUUCAUAAUAUUGAUUAAUUAAUCAAAUACACAUAUUA